UCCAGAGUAUCCUAGGUUGCCAUACCCUGUCACAAUGUUGCCUCGACUGGUCUGCAUCAGUGAUUAUGAACAGCAUGCCCGAUUAGUGCUUCAGAAGUCAGUGUAUGACUAUUACAGGUCUGGGGCAAAUGAUCAGGAGACUUUAGCUGAUAACAUCAACGCAUUUUCUAGAUGGAAGCUCUAUCCACGGAUGCUUCGCAACGUUGCUGAUAUCGAUCUGUCAACUUCUGUUUUAGGACAGAGAGUCAGCAUGCCAAUAUGUGUUGGGGCUACUGCCAUGCAGUGCAUGGCUCAUGUGGAUGGGGAGCUGGCCACUGUGCGAGCCUGUCAGACCAUGGGAACUGGCAUGAUGCUGAGUUCUUGGGCUACUUCCUCAAUAGAAGAAGUGGCAGAGGCUGGCCCAGAGGCUCUUCGCUGGAUGCAACUGUACAUCUACAAAAACCGUGAGAUCAGCAGACAGAUAGUGAAGCGAGCUGAAAAGAAGGGUUACAAGGCCAUAUUUGUGACUGUGGACACCCCUUACCUGGGCAACCGCAUUGAUGAUGUGCGGAACAGGUUCAAGCUGCCACCACAACUCAGGAUGAAAAACUUUGAAACCAAUGAUUUGGCAUUUUCUCCUAAGGGAAAUUUUGGAGACAACAGUGGACUUGCUGAAUAUGUGGCACAAGCCAUAGACCCAUCUCUCAGCUGGGAUGAUAUUACAUGGCUCAGACAAUUGACAUCACUGCCUAUUGUUGUAAAGGGCAUUUUGAGAGGUGAUGAUGCCAAGGAAGCUGUUAAACAUGGUGUGGAUGGGAUCUUGGUGUCGAAUCAUGGGGCGCGACAACUGGAUGGGGUGCCAGCUACUAUUGAUGUCCUGCCAGAGAUUGUUGAGGCCGUGGAAGGGAAGGUAGAAGUCUUCCUGGAUGGGGGAGUAAGGAAAGGUACCGAUGUUCUCAAAGCUCUGGCCCUAGGAGCCAAGGCCGUUUUUGUGGGAAGACCCAUCAUCUGGGGCUUGGCUUUCCAGGGGGAGAAAGGUGUUCAAGAUGUCCUCGAGAUACUGAAGGAAGAAUUCCGGCUGGCCAUGGCUCUGAGUGGGUGCCAGAAUGUGAAAGUCAUCGACAAGACAUUGGUGAGGAAAAAUCCUUUGGCUGUUUCCAAGAUCUGACAGUGCACAAUAUUUUCCCAUCUGUAUUAUUUUUUUUCCAGAGUGGAUUACUUGACAAAGAGACACUGUGCAGAGGGUGACCACAGACUGUAACUCCCCACUUCUAUACAAAGGGUGUCGUUCUUUUCCAACAAAAUAGCCACCCCUUUUCCUUCAUUGCUUUUGACUUUUCAAUGGGUGUCCUAGGAACCUUCUAGAAAGAAAUGGACUUGCAUCCUGGAAAUAUAUUAACUGUUAAAAAGAAAACAUUGAAAAUGUGUUUGGGCAACGUCAUCCCCUGGCAGGCUAAAGUGCUGGGGAACAAAAGAUAUCCUCUGGUGAGAUUGCAGGUAGCAUGCUGAAGUGAAAGAUACUGACCUCACUGUCCAUUAACCUGUCUUCUGUUUAGAUUUCCUUAAGACAGUGGCUCUUACAGUUUGCACUGGGCUUUGAAAUGCUGGAAAUGCCCAGAGAAACAUGAGGUUUGGAUUUGCCAUGUUGAGAAAAUAGCACCGGGUAGAAUUGAAAUGGAUGGUGGUAAUUUGUGAUUUUUUUUUCUAGAAACUUUUCAUUUUUUUAACACCCUAUUUCUUUGAAGGUAGAUUUUUAGCUAUAUAUCGCACAUCUGAAUAUGUCUGGAUGUUUUGUGGCAGUCACUGCAUUUGAAAGGGAUGUGUUUAGUCCAGUUGGGACCACAUGGAGCUAUUUUUACUUUUAAACUUUGUCUCCUCAUUCCCAUUUUAAAUUAAGUGUUGACUUCCUAAUUCCUCUUGAAUCUUUUUUGAUUUUCUCACUUUUCCUCAUUUAUAGUCACAUUCAGUGUCAAGUAUAUAUUUUGUGGGGUCCAUGAUGAAUAAAGAUUUGAAAUUCUUGUUCAGAAGGAAGGCAAAAAAAAAAGCCUUUCCUUUUAUCACAGUAAUUUUCUUAAUUGUCCAUGUUUUCUUUUCCUUUUCUUUAUUUUAUUAAUUUAGUGCCAUUCUUCCAUGGGUAUGGGCUAGUGGAGGCACACUACCAAUUGAAGACUCCAUAAAAGUGACUGUAGUUCUCCCUGAAACUUGCCUUGUUUGUACCUAUGCUCAGAAUUUGCACAGAGUGACUGAGCCAGCAGCUAAGAGCCUGUUCCUGGGACAUAGAGGGGUACCAGAAGGGACAGUGUGUCAUUUUUGGCUCAGUAUACACUCCACUUGUCUCACUGAAGGCCUUGGGGGCUCCCAGAGACUGAACCACCAAACAAAGAGCAAGCAUGGGCAGAACCUAGGCUGCCUUAGAGGCCCCCUGCACAUAUGUAGCAGAUGUACAGCUUGGGCUUCAUGCAUAACCCCUAACAACUGGAGUGAUAGCUUACCAUGACUCCGUUGCACUUAACCUUGUAGGGUUAACCAGGGUGGGGUGUUACCCAUGGGGGCUCCUUUUUCUCAGAGGAGAAGUGAGGGUGGAAUACAGGGAUGAUCUGGGUUAGGGGGUGCUGGGAGGAGAGUGAGGCUGAUAUUGGAAUGUAAAGGGAAUACAUACAUAAGUUAAAGAAAAAAAAAGACACAAUUUCAAAGGUAAAAUUGUUAGUAUUUUAAAGGUAGCAGUCAAAGAGCAUCAAACGCUGAACCUGAUGAAAAUCCUUCUGGCUAUGGAACUGUGAACACUGAGUUUAACUGCACUGGGCUAUUAGUUUUAGUCCCAGAGAGCUUUCUGCAAUAGGAGCUACACUUGGCUUCUGGAGUCAUUUUUUCAACCAUCAUGGAGUGUUGAAUAAAGCCCCCUUAAAAA